AGGAGGAGCCGGAGGACUGGUAGGAAGAGCCGGAGGGCGAAGAGUGGGUGACGUCGGAUGUUUCGGUUUCGUCCGCCUGGGCUAGAUGGCGGGGUCGGUGGAGGGCGGGGUGUUGGUGUGGCUGGUCGAGGAGGACGUGCGCUGCCCCAUCUGCUACGACCCGUUGCGCUCGCCCGCCACGCUGCCCUGCGGGCACAGCUUCUGCUCCGCCUGCCUCUGCCUCUACUGGGAGCGGUGCGCCCACCUCGGCCUUAAAGGCCCCGAAGCCCCCUGCUCCCUCUGCCGCUGGGCCUCUUCUUCCAGGAAGCUCCCCGGCCCCAGCGUCAUCCUGCAGGCCCUCGUCGACAAAUACCUCGCCGCCCUGCAGGAGUCGGGCCUGGGGUCACCCGGCCCCCACCCGGACAAGGACCCCCAGGUCCUCAGGAAAGGCGCCGUCUUCCGCCGGGAAGUUGAAGACCUUGUAGAGCAGCUCGAGUCGGAGAUCGCCCUUCUGAGGAGCUUGGAGCCGCAUCAGAAGUGUGAGCUGGCCGAUGAUCGUAAUUACCUGGGCAAGGAUUCAUCAUGUGGGAUGGAAUCCGUCAAAGCUGUUCCUGAGCCUGGGUCUCCCAACCCUUUUGAGAAGAACAUCAGUGGCAUCGAGAGGACUCUGGACAAGCUCAAGAAAAAACUACAGGAGACGUUAAUAUGGGCUGAGGCACCUGAAGAAACAUUGCAAGAUGAACCUGUCGCAGCUGUCGCAAGCCCCUCCAUCCUCCUGCCUGCCACCAGGCCCUCUUCCUGCCAAAGAAGCAGCCAGUUCUCUCAGUGGGCUGUUCACCUGACCUUUGACCUGAGAAGCAUCUCCCAUUACCUGGAGGUGUCCGAGUGUGGUCGGAGAGUGAUUGUGUCCUCGCACAAGCAGGCGUACACCGACUGCCCCGAGCGGUUUCGGAUCAACCAGGUCCUGUGCUCGGAAGGUUUCUCCUCUGGGCAUCGGUACUGGGAGGUGAGGACGGAGCAGGGCACCACCUGGUCCGCCGGGGUCGCCAUGAAGGAACCCAGCUACCUCAACCACUACCUGGGCAGGAAGGGGCUGUCCUGGUGCAUCGAGUGGGCAGGCCGCCAACUGGCAGCCUGGCACCAGGGGGAGAAGAUCCCCAUCGGCAAGGACAAGCCCAGGGUGCUGGGUGUGUUCCUGGACCUGGAGGCCGGUGAGCUGUCCUUCUACUCGGUGGACAGUCAGGAGCGGCUUCUGCAUCAGUUCAAGGUUGACGUCUCUGCGCCUCUUUUCCCUGCGUUUUGGCUCUAUGGCGCCGAGUCUGGGAACUCUCUGGUCAUCAGCUAGCUGUGGACAAGACUAGUCGUGGACCGAUGGCAAUCCCUUGGUCUGGGAGGGACAUCCGGGAGCUUAUUUUUACAUAUGAUUGCCAAACUGCGAUCGCAAAAGUGGCUAAAAGGUAUCUAUCAAUA